GCGGAUGAAUCGUCGGGUGCUGCGGCUGUGGUGAAUGAGAUUGAAGAAGAGUUCUUGUUUUGUAUCUCAGUUUCUCUCUUUUUUACACACACAAAUUAAAAUUAAACAAACAAAAAAUAAGCUCGGUAACCCAGCUAAAUUCAGCCCAGAGCAGCACUACAGCUAUGUGAGGGACCGGAUCGGACCGAGAGCUCGGAGUGUUUGUAAAUAUUUAUUUAAAUAAUUUGUGGGGAGAGAGAGAGGCACUACUGCUCAAGUGAGUAGAGGAGGGGAGUUGGAGAGAGCGCGUGAACACCAGUCUCAGUGCCAGCUGACAGGCUGAAAGUUUCCUGGGACUUUCUGGCGAACUGGAUCAAUGAUGGAAUUGCAAACAUUACAGGAGGCCCUGAAAGUGGAAAUACAAGUCCAUCAGAAACUUGUUGCCCAAAUGAAGCAGGAUCCACAGAACGCAGAUCUGAAGAAACAACUUCACGAACUCCAAGCGAAAAUCACGGCUCUGAGUGAGAAACAGAAAAAAGUGGUGGAGCAGUUGAGGAAGGAGUUGCUGGUGAAACAGGAGCCCGACUUUAAGCCACAGACGCUCCCAGCAACCGCAGACGGUAAAACCGUGCUGCUGACGCCCACCUGUCCCCCUUCACAGCCGCCCACAGGGCCUCCACACAACCAGGGGGCGCCACAGAAGACUCUCACCGUGACGCCGGUCAUAACUGCAAAGACUCUACCUCUCGUGCUGAAAGCUGCCACCUCCACCAUGCCUGCUUCCAUAGCAACACAACGCCCCACAGUCGCCAUGGUCACUGCCAUCAGCAACCCCCUGAGACCCGGCGUCAAUUCCGACUCCCAGAGCACACCAAUCAACCUUCAGGUGGCCAACAAGCUACCCAAUCAGGACACAGAUGCCGGCACACGAAUUGUGUCCAAGAAUGUUAUUGUCGUCACCACCACCUCUGCCCAGCCUAUCAAAGUUCCCCAGUUUGUCCCUCCUCCUAGAUUGACGCCUCGACCCACCUUUCAGCCACAGGUUCGACCAAAACCCCCCAUGCCCAUCAAUGUACCCAUCGCUCCAGCUCCUCCUCCCAUGGUGGCGGCUCCCCUAAUCCAGCGGCCCCUGAUGCUCACCACCAAGCUUACGUCAUCUUUGCCUGCCUCUGCUGGGCCCAUUCACCAGGUGCACAUCGUGAACGGACAGCAGUGUGCCACCAUUGACAAGACCAUGACUGCAGUCACGAGUGGCACCACGAAAGUCACAGGCAUCGUCAUCAGUCCUGCCCAGACACUUCAGAUCAGCAACCUUAACUCAGACUUGAAGACUGUGAAACCACAGGGAAGACCAGAACAGGUGGUCACGAGUAAACCACCCUCAUCCUCUCCUCCUCUUCCAGCUAAGAUCAAACGAGAGGAGAGCCCACAGAAACUUGCCUUUAUGGUGUCUCUUGGGUUGGUCACACAUGGUCAUCUUGAAGAGAUUCAGAGUAGAAGACAAGAACGUAAGAGGAGAACAACAGCCAACCCAGUGUACAGUGGAGCAGUGUUUGAACCUGAGAGGAAAAAGAGUGCUGUCACUUACUUGAACACUCCACUGCAUCAAGGCACCAGGAAGAGAGGUCGCCCUCCCAAAUACAGCACCACCACCACCAGCAGCACAGCGGUGCCGGAGCUGGGCUGCAACCCCCUGCUCUCCCCCACCAGCAGCCUUCCCGCCUCCCCAGCCCCUGAGCGGCCUGACACGGGGGGCUUUCCCCUCUCUGUCCACCCUCAUUCUGUCCCCCAGCCCAGCCCCAGCUCUGGGGAUGUAAGUAGCCACCUGCCAAGUCUGGGUGACCAUGUUGUUGAAAGCCCCCACAAUUAUUAUUGUUCUAGUAGAGUUCUCUACACCACAGGCUGCCCCUGCCCCUACCCCCCAAAACCCUUCACUGCAUUCAUCCUGUACACCUCAAAAUGUACAGGAGCAAGGUAACUCCUGUUAGAGUCCAGCAUCCACCCUGGAAAGAGAAAGACUGACCUACCAGCACUGUUAUUUAUGUGUUUAUUUGUUUUAUUUGUUGAAAUGGAGCCAGCAGUCUUACAGAGUGAACAGUCUUUCUCUACUUCCCACACAAAUAUCAGGCCUGAAGUAAUCAUAGUAUAGUAUU